AUGGUCUUGAAGGACCAACCCGGCGACAAGUACUGUGCCAUCCGCUACGACCCUGUCCAAGAGCUCGUGUACGGUGGAAGGGAGGACCAGCACAUUGCGGUCUUUGAUCUUCGCGCGGGCAAGUUCAUGUGCCGACUCACCGGCCAUACGUCGUGGGUCUAUGGCCUGGCACUUGACGACACCACCCUCUUCUCGGGCUCGAUGGACGGAAAGGUGCGCAUAUGGGACAGAGAAAAGAACGAAUGCUACAACGAACUCGGCUCCGUCGGCACCAGCUGCGUGCACGCCCUUCUCGUCUACGACAACAUUCUGUACUCGGCCAACGAGGAUAGCAGCAUUCGAGCAAUGGACUUUUCUGGCCCGUUGGGACGAAGCCGGGCAGGCCUCACCGGGUCGAGCAGCGCCAGGGAGGGCUUCCCCACGUGA